AUGUCCACGUCUCAGUCCUCUCCUACCUUUGCCUCCCCUCUCGCCCUCCUCUGGCUGUACGAAUUCCGGCGCCAGAAUGGCAUUCUUACCUCCCGCCUGCUGGAUAUCAAGGACCAGCUGAACCAAGGUGAGCAGCUCACUGAGCUACUCUCCAACUUCCUCAAUGACCUCAUCGUCAUUGUCGCGUCUAUGGUCACUGUCCUGACCGGUUACUCGGAUGGAGCUGAGCAUCGCAUCCGCCGUCUGCACCGUCUCGUCUGCAAGGCCCUGGUACCUCUGUACCAUUACGACGCCCGCUUCAAGCUAGGCAAUCAAGUUCUCACCGAUUGCAUGGCUCAGCUUGCGGCCCUGUACGACCAGCCCCGAUUCUUCUCCGACGGCGAUGAGGAGGAUGCCGCUUCCUCACUUUCGUCUGCUCUCAGCGCGGUGUCAGAUGGCUCCCCUCAGUCACCUCGGUCUGCACAGGGCAGCGGCCCCGAGUCAACCACGGGAAGUGACCAGAACGACGACCAACUCUCGCCGGAUGACGCCCUCGCCAUGAAGCUCGAUGCAGUCAUGCAUCAGGAAGACCGCUCCCUCGGGGGCUAUUUCGACGAGGCCGACAACUUCCGCCGGGAUCAGAUUCGCCUGAGUCAGGCCAAUGACUCUCUGUUCAUCGAGGCAUUCCUGGCUGGGUGCGACAACAGCCUGUACCGGCGGCGUCUCACCCACGCCCUGCGCAAGAACGGCUGGUACUGGACCUGGCUGACUCGUGAGGUACAAUACCUCAUCUACGAGCAGGAGUACAUGGACCAGCAGAACUAUGCCUUGGACCAUGUCAAGGACGAUGGCUCGUUCGAGAUGCCGGACAACACCUGCAAGUACCGGCUUGUCAAGCUGUCCCCCAUCACCGAGGAAGACCUGACAGACUCCGACCUGGAGUCUGAUGAGAAGUGA